AUGUUGCCGCAGCAGCUGCAGCAGCAGCAGCUGCAACGGCAGCAGCAGCUGCAACGUCAACAGCAGCUGCAGCAGCAGCAGCUGCAGCAGCAGCUGCAGCAGCAGCAGCUACGUCCAAUGGAUACGCAGCGCCAGGAGGCCCUCCUCUUCUCUGUGCAGCAAAGCGGUGAUGGGCAUUUCGUCACAAGAUCUAUCAGUAUGAAUAGCUGCAACGUUUCUUACCUCCACAGCACGACGGCAUUGGCGCAGCUGCCAUCUAUUUGUCCUGCUGCUGCUUCUUCAGCAGCAGCAGCAGGAGCAGCAGUUCCUGCAGCAGCAGCAGCAGUGCCAGCAGCAGCAUCAUCAGCAGUUCCAGCAGCAGCAUCAGCAGCAACAGCAGCAGCAGCAGAGCAGCAUCAAGGGUUUGGUGCUUUGCUGCCUUCCUUUUUGCCUCGUCUUUCUUCUUCUGUUUCUUCUCUUCUUUUUCCUGUUGUGUCUCCCCCUCUUCCUCCUACUGCAGCAGCAGCAACAGCAGCAACAGCAGCAGCAGCAGCACCAGAGACCCCACAGGAGAAAGUAGGGGUGUGCGGAGAGCCGCAUUCCGAGGACGCCAAGACAUUCUUAACACCUCAUGAAGAGGCUGAACUUAUUCUUGGCGAAUUGUUGGCAAUGAGAUUUGGUGUUGAUGCUCCUUUCCAGUCCCUACAGGGUUUGGGGGUAUUGGAUGUUUGCCUAGCGACGGGUAUAGUGAGGGAUAUUUUCCCGCUGCACCUGCAAGAGGCUCGCAUGUCUAUUCAGCUGAAGCUGCAGCAGCAGCAGCAGCAGCAGCAGAAGCAAAAAAGGCAAUCGCUGCAGCUGGCAUGCCCUGCAGCUUCCCUUGAGUCAAUGCUUUCGGCAUACUGCGGGUACAGCAGAUCUAGCAGCAGCACAACGGGGGCUUACUUCUCUUCUGCGCAGCAACUGUUUUUGCUGCUGUGUACCCUUGCGGGUACUGCUGCUGUUGCUGCUCCUGCUGCUGCUGCUGCAGCAGCAGCAGCAGCAUUUGGAAGGUCCUGCCCCUUCUCUGCCUUCUUCGCGCUGCAGCUGCUGGUCAUGUUUGCUGCUGAGCUGCUGCGGCUGCUUGUUGCUUCCCGCGCCCCUCGCGAUGCAGCAGCAACAGCAGCAGCAGCAGCAAAAGGCAGCAAAGUAGGAGGCAGCAGCAACAGCAGCGGCUCCAGCAGCAGCAGCAACAACAACAACACUGAAGACAGCGACGAUGCAGCAGCGAAACAAGCAGCAGAAGAAGCAGCAGAAGCAGCAGCAGCAGCAGAAGCAGCAGCAGCAGAAUCUUUGCUUCCUCCUCUACGAUUAGAGUAUUUUUUUGCUGCUGUUUGUCUUGAGUUAUGUUUGCUGCCUGCUGCAGCAGCACAUCGGCAGCUGCAGCAGCAGAUGCGCCCUGAGCAACUGCAGCAGCUGCUGAUUAAGGAACCAAUCCUGCAAGUACUAUCUCCUGCUGCAGUAUUAACUGUCUUUGCUGCUGCUGCAUGCAUGCUGCUGAUGGUGCUGCAGUCUUUUGGAGAUAAAAGCCAAGACGAUUGCCUCCAAGCUGUGCAUGAGAUUGCGGAGAGAGAAGUUAGCGCCUUCGAAUUCAACUUCGAUAUACUACAGCCGAAGACUCCUGCUGCUGCGCGUAUAAUUGCUGCUCCUGCUGCAGCAGCAGCAACUCCUUGGUUGCUGCAGUUGUUAUCUUCUCUCUUUUCUCCUGUGCUGCAGCUGCAGCAGCAAUGGCAAUUGCUGCAGCAGUUACCUCGUCAUCAGCAACAGCAGCAACGUUGCUGCUGCUGGGGUAUAUUCUUACGCCAGCUGCUGCUGCCCCCCCUGCUGCCUAUAGAGGGGGCCUCCUCUGAUCUCCCGCUGCUGCAGGGGGGAGUGCUGCGCUUAGAUGCAUCAAUACUUAAGCUGCAGCAGAGGUGUACAGACACCGCAGAUGAGGCAGCUGAAUCUCUUAGUCCUAGAAGACUUGAUGUAGCCCUUGAACAAUAUAUAGAUGAUGUUCUUAACAAAGAAGGACCAAGAGGGUUAAUGCUAACAGGAGCUAUUUCUCCUCCUCCUGAUCAAUUACCUAAACCUCUUGAUAGAAAACUAUAA